AAUUCCAGAGGUGGGAUCAGGCUUGAUCAUCCUGUGUUAACGGGGCACAUUUACCUUGAGCAGAUUGGCGUCCCUCUUUGACCUCAAAAUAUGGCCAGCUCGCCGUAUGCAUCGACAGAGGAGACGACAAACCUUAACCGAGUGUGUCGACUUCUACUGGGUCCGUGUACUGAUCAACUUCGUUUUGCAUUACGUAGAUACGUUCAUCCUGCAUCCCUGACUGUUACCAUACGUCCGAUAAAACAUAAAAUUUUACCUUUCUUAUCAAAAAAACAAGAACGUCUUGUUUUACCAGAAGGUACUACUAGAUAUAGGGGCAAUUAUGAUGAUAUGGACAUCUCCUUACUUUACACAAUGUUAAGAAGCAUGUGGUUGGUACAUGGAAUACCAUGGAUGUAUAAUCAUGAUAAGGUCAAACAUGAAUCUGCUCAUAUAGAAAGUAUUCAUUUUGUCAGAAAUAAAUGUGGUGGGCAUGCUACGAAAGACUAUCUUUCACAUACAGAAUUUAAAACCUACUGGUCGACCCUCAGAUCAGCUGUCGAAAACCUUGAUAAUAUUUACAAAACCAAUUACCUGGAAGGUGUUAAAUUUCUAUUAACUGAAGAAAUGGACCCAGUACAAGGCCAACGUUACCGAGAAGAAAUAAGGAAACAAUAUGAAGAAGAACAAAAAACAAAGGAAAUGAUUGGUAAACUCACAAAAGAAAUGGAGAAAACAGGGAAAGAAGUACAGGAAACGAAGGGUAAAGUAUUAAAUUACAAUUUCAUAUACUGUAAUUCAUAA